AAGCGAUAAAGUAACACACUUCAGUUAGUUAUCCUUUCGAGCAGAGCAGAGCAGAGUCUUAGAUGAAAUCUUUAAACGUUCUACUUGUGGGCUUAGUGACAAUUGCCGCAGUUGCCGUAGCCGUCACGAGUGCCGACCAAAGAUUGCGGCCCAGUUGCAAUAGCCUGGCCAACGGUGCCCUUCUAACUGAUCCGGCCAGGUGUGCCGGCUAUUAUGUUUGCACGCGCGGCAGAGCUGUGCAUCACACCUGUCGCCUGGGACAGUAUUAUGACGAGGCAAGCCAGUCCUGUAAAUUGGCCAGUUUGGUCCACUGCAUCAAUUUAAGGGGCUUGGCGCUGCGUGUUGCUCUUGAUUUGGAUGCGGGUGACCACGAGCCCUGCUCAACAACACCUCCCCCAUGCGAGACAACCACGCCAAAGGCUCCGUGUGAUAUAGAGCCACCGCCCUCGCCGCCUAUCACCACAACAUGUGCCCCACCAGCAACACCACCACCAACAACUCCUUGUGAGACAGCACCUCCAACACCUCCACCCACAACAACUCCUUGUGAAACAGCACCACCACCUACAAAAACGACAACAACAAGCGCACCACCACCACCACCUACAACAACGACAACAACAAGCACACCACCUCCACCCACAAUAACUCCUUGUGAAACAGCACCACCACCUACAACAACGACAACAACAAGCACACCAUCUCCACCCACAACAACUCCUUGUGAAACAGCACCACCACCUACAACAACGUCAACAACAAGCGCACCAGCACCACCACCUACAACAACGACAACAACAAGCGCACCACCUCCACCCACAACAACUCCUUGUGAAACCGCACCACCCCCUACAACAACAACAAGCGUCCCAUCUCCACCAAUAACAACUCCUUGUGAAACAGCACCACCACCUACAACAACGACAACAACAAGCGCACCACCACCACCUACAACAACGACAACAACAAGCGCACCACCUCCACCCACAACAACUCCUUGUGAAACCGCACCACCACCUACAACAACAUCGAGCGCCCCAUCUCCACCCAUAACAACUCCUUGUGAAACCGCACCACCACCUACAACAACGUCAACAACAAGCGCACCGCCACCACCUACAACAACGACAACAACAAGCACACCACCUCCACCCACAACAACUCCUUGUGAAACCGCACCACCCCCUACAACAACAACAAGCGUCCCAUCUCCACCAAUAACAACUCCUUGUGAAACAGCACCACCACCUACAACAACGACAACAACAAGCGCACCACCACCACCUACAACAACGACAACAACAAGCGCACCACCACCACCUACAACAACGACAACAACAGGCGCCCCACCUCCACCCACAACAACUCCAUGUGAAACAGCACCACCACCUUUAACAACGACAACAACAAGCGCACCACCUCCACCCACAACAACUCCUUGUGAAACAGCACCACCACCUACAACAACGACAACAACAAGCGCACCCCCGCCACCUACAACUCCUUGUGAAACAGCACCACCACCUACAACAACGACAGCCACAAGCGCACCGCCACCACCUACAACAACGACAACAACAAGCGCACCACCUCCACCCACAACAACUCCUUGUGAAACAGCACCACCACCUACAACUACGUCAACAACAAGCGCACCACCACCACCACCUACAACAACGACAACAACAAGCGCACCACCUCCACCCACAACAACUCCUUGUGAAACCGCACCACCCCCUUCAACAACAACAAGCGCCCCAUCUCCACCAAUAACAACUCCUUGUGAAACAGCACCACCACCUACAACAACGACAACAACAAGCGCACCACCACCACCUACAACAACGACAACAACAUGCGCACCACCUCCACCCACAACAACUCCUUGUGAAACCGCACCACCACCUACAACAACAUCGAGCGCCCCAUCUCCACCCAUAACAACUCCUUGUGAAACCGCACCACCACCUACAACAACGUCAACAACAAGCGCACCGCCACCACCUACAACAACGACAACAACAAGCACACCACCUCCACCCACAACAACUCCUUGUGAAACAGCACCACAACCUACAGCAACGACAACAACAAGCGCACCACCACCACCUACAACAACGACAGCAACAACAACAAGCGCCCCACCUCCACCCACAACAACUCCUUGUGAAACAGCACCACAACCUACAACAACGGCGACAAGUGCACCACCCGCAACGUCGACAAGUGCACCACUCGCAACGACGCCAAGUGAAACUAUAACUACAACAAAGCAACCCUGUCGUCGUCCAACUACAACAGCACCAUGUGCAGCACCACCGGCAAUACCCACAACAACUCCCUGUGAGACUGCCCCACCACCGACAACUCCCUGUGAGACUGACCCACCACCGACAACUCCCUGUGAGACUGCUCCACCACCGACAACUCCCUGUGAGACUGCCCCACCAACGACAACUCCGUGUGAGCCAUCUACAACCACACCGUGUGCUCCACCAACCACCACACCUUGUGAAGAAGAAGUUGCAAAAGAAGUUAAAAAAUCUAUUGUCAAUCGUCUGCUAAGUCUCAUCAGCUCCUCCAGCGACGACUGUCAGAACAGAGCCGACGGCGUUUUCCUGCAGGACUCGAAGCAUUGCCGCCGGUUCUACCAGUGCAACGGCGGUGUUCGCGUGGUGCGACGCUGCAAGGCGGGCAGCUGGUUCGAUAUCGAGGCAGGCAAAUGUCGCCGUCGCAACUUGGUGCUCAACUGUGCCGCGCAGCGUAAUUGAGCAACGAUAAAGUCGAGCAGACAGACCAAGGCAAAUCUCUCCAUUAACUGACUAUAUAAUACACCUAGCCAAGAUAGAAAUUAAUUCAAAUAAAUCGCAGCUUAUACAUACAUAUCCUCACUUUUUUGGAACUAGU